AGAGAGGGAAGGAUUUAAACAUCCAUUACAAACCACUAGAAUUACCCCAGAUGCUCAGAUGAAACAAUCCAUACUUUAGAAUAAACUACUUUUAUUAAAAAGGCUCCUGCUGGAGUUUAUGUAACUCAAAGGAAAGGGGGAGGCAGGAGCUCCCCAGAGACCCUGGAGCUGUGCUGAUAUUUGUUACAUAGACAUAAGAUCAAGUUACACUGAGAUGAAGGGUCUUUCAAUCUGCCACAGCUCCAUAACCAGCUCCUCUCUACCUGAUUUCAUCAUUUUCUUCAUUACAUUUUAUGUUCAGAAGCUGGAAUCAGCAUCUCGGUUCACAGUGAUUGGACCUGAUCAGCCUGUCACUGCCAUUGUGGGUGAGGCCACUGUGUUACCCUGUCACCUGUCCCCCAGGAUGAGCGCUGAAAACAUGGAGGUGAGAUGGUUCCGGUCUGAGUUCACUUCGUUUGUGCACCUGUAUCAGCAUGGAAAGGAUCAGUAUGAGCAGCAGAUGCCAGAAUAUCAUGGAAGGACAGAGCUUUUGAAAGCCAGCAUCAUGGAUGGGAAUGUUGCCUUGAGGAUUGUGAAUGUCAGACCCUCUGAUGAAGGAGAGUACCGCUGUUUUGUUCAAGAUGAUGUAAUUUAUGAAGAAGCAGUACUGGACCUGAAGGUAGAAGCUUCAGGCUCUGCACCUCAAAUCUCUGUUGAGGGUUAUCAGGAUGGAGGGAUCCGAGUUGUGUGUCAGUCGGCUGGAUGGUACCCAGAGCCCGAGGUGCUGUGGCGAGAUCGCAGUGGGCAGCUUUUAUCUUCCUCUACUAAAACAAAAUCCAAAGAUGGACGUGGGCUCUUUGAAAUACAAGGUUCUAUCAUUAUAACAGAAAAUUCAAACCAGAAUUUAUCCUGUUCUAUAAGGAACGCUUACUUCAGCCUAGAAAAGGAACCCUCAACUUUUUAUAUAUCAGAUUUCUUUUUCCCAAGAAUGUCUCCUUGGCCGGUGGUUUGCAGUGUGACUCUGGUGAUUUUGUUGGUGUUCAUCAGCCUUACUCUUUUUCUGUUCAUGUUAAGAGGGAAACAUCUCAACACUAUCAGUAAACUUCAAGUAGACCUAGAGUGGAGGAGAUCCCUAAGUGAUGCAGCGAAUGUGACUCUGGAUCCAGACACGGCUCAUCCCGAACUUGUCCUGUCUGAGGAUCGGAAAAGUGUGAGAUGGGGAGAGACACAGCAGGAUCUGCCCGACAACCCUGAGAGAUUUGACACUGACUUCUGUGUGCUGGGCUGUGAGGGAUUCACCUCGGGGAGACAUUGCUGGGAGGUGGAGGUUGGGGAUGGGCGAUUCUGGGCAGUCGGGGUGGCCAGAGAGUCUGUGGGGAGGAAGGGAUGGAUCAGCCGUAGCCCUGAGGGGGGGAUCUGGGCUAUGGAGCGGUGGUGGGGUCAGUUCUGGGCUCUCACCUUCCCUGCAACCCCCCUGCCCAAGCGCCGGGUCCCCAGCAGGAUCCGGGUUUAUCUUGACUGUGACUGGGGGCAGGUGACAUUUAUCGAUGCUGGUGACGGGGCCCCGAUCUUCACUUUCCCGCCGGGCUCUGUCCCUGUGGGGAGAAUCCAACCCUGGUUCCAGGUGUGGGCGGAAUCCCGGCUCCGACUGCGUCCCUGAGACACACAGCAGAGGGGGGAACCAGAAAUCAGCCUCUCUAGCCUCAUGGACCCCAGUCUCUACGAUCUUGGAGGACUCCCAUCUACCCAACCCCUGGCUCCUCAUCUCUAUGGCCCCUGGAAGCUCCUCCUCCUCCCUCCCUUCAGCCCCAGGGAUGCGAGGGGGGAAGAACCCCUGCAGCUGCAGGAGGGGCAGAGGGUAGCACUGACAGCCAGGUUGGGGACAGGCAAAUGUAGGGGUGGCAGGGACACAGAAUUAAUGAAUCCGGGUUUGUGGGGUUGGGGAGCAGCUGGAAGCUCCAGGGAGCAUUUUGUGCAGAUCUGUGGGAUUAGAUCUCACUGGGGCAUCAAGAGGGGAAGGGAUAAGAUCAGGGGAAAGAAGGGAGCGGCAUGGGGGAUGAUCUGUGGGAGGGAGGAGAGGAGAGUGGAAGAGACCCAGGAAAAUAAACAGGGAUCAGAAGUGAAAAAUGGUGAGGCUGGUCCUUACUCACAUACACCACAGGACAGGUCAGGCUGACCCAGGUCUGCACCGUCCAGGGGUUAGUUUUGCUGGAAUCCAGUGAUAUUUGUCAUGAACCUGAGCUGUUUGGAUCCCUUUUGUGUGUAGAUUCAAGGUGCUCAGGGUCCAUGCAGCAUUUAGCCCAGUGACCUCCUCUAGUGCAGGCCGGCAGCAUCUGAGUUUGACCCUUCAUGGAGCAACACAGGAGUUCAGAAUCCCAGUGAGAAACCUCAUGCUCAGUGCUGCUGUGGGGGUGGCACCAGGUCUAGCUGUUCGGGCACUGGACUGGGCCUUCGGAUACCUUGGUUGUAUUCCCAAUUCUGCCACUGACCUGCUGCAUGACUUUGGACAAGUCACUGCCCUCUCUGUGCCUCAGUGUCUCUCCCCCACCCUUUGUCUUGUCUACUUUGUCUGCAACCUGCUGAAGGUGGACAUUGUCCCUCAUUGUGUUUUAUGCAGGGCCCAGAUCUCAUCUGGGGGCUGUGGGAACUGCUGUGAUCCAAAUAUAACUAAUAAGUUCUAUGAUACAAAUCAGUAACAACAUCAACAGCUUGUAACUUCCCCAUCUCCAGCCUGAAGGCAGCACUCUCAUAGACCAGCCUGCAGCUCUUGUGAUUCAAGCCUCACUGAUCAUUUAACAGCUUCCGUUCUGUAAAAAGCACAGGUACCAACUUUCCAAUGUGUUGGUCAGGGGAGAGGGGCUUGCCCCGCCCCCACUCCACCCUUUCCCAAGGCCUCACCCCAACUCUACUCACACCAUUCUGCCCUGUCCCCUGAGGGCACCACUCCUUACUCCUCCUCCUCUCCUGCCAAAGCCCCCUGAGCUCCACAGUCAGGAGACAUGGGCCUGCCAGCAGGACACACGCGGUUGACACCUAUGGUAAAAAAGUUCCCUUAUUUCCCCAAUGGAAGCUGGGUUUGACAAGGAUUCAGCUUCUCAGAUAAGUCUCCCAUGUCAGGUACCUUUAAAGACUGUUUUUCCCCUUCUUGCCACACUUCUAGGUCAUUUAUUUUUCAGUAGUAUUUCCCACACAACAAAGGCUUUGGAGAGCUGAAUGAUGCAGAUAUACAUGUAACAGGCAGCUUCCAGUGAAAUUAAUCUUGUAACUAAAACCCAAAGUUAACCCAUUAAAUUUGGCAGCAAUUCCCUACCUUGUACUCCUGGGCAGCUUUCUUUAUAGGAACCAUUGUGUGAGCUCUGUGUGCCUGGGAUCUGUCACACACCACACAGAUGGGGGUUUGAGCCUCUUCACAGAACAGUUUCAGAGCCUCCUGGUGUUCCCCACAUACCCCAUCUCCUUUUGUUGCCUGUAAACUCAGCCCUUUGGCUAUGUCUUCAUUUGCCAGCUGCCUGUUGGGCCUGAGGUUUCUCUGUUGCACAGUUUCUCUGCACUGAGGCAGAAGGCAGCUGUAUCUGAUCCCUCCCAGCACUGGCUGAUGCAGGCUCGGCAGAAAUUGUGCCCACAGUCUAGAGUGACAGGUGUGAUGAAGUGGGAAUGUUCUUAAUGUUUUCUCUGAGUAGUGUGUGGGUGCAUAAGUUUCCCCUAUGCGUUUCUUAAGUAUCUAGGUGAUGGGAUAAGGGUCUAUGAUUGUUGCAGAGCCCUAGAGGGCAGGGGUGUGCAGGGGUCUGCAAAGAGAAUGGCCAACACCCUGUCUCCUGGCAAUUGAUAGCCUGGGCCCCUCCUCUGCAAGGUGCCAACUGAAGGUGUUGGAGAACAAAGAAGUCAGGUGGCCUCCUUGCCCGGGAAAGAGACAAUGGCCAGAGGGGAGGGGCUGGAGGGAGUUUCAGUUUGGAACUGGCUGGGGACAUGUGGGGAGGCCCAGGACCUGGGUAUGGACUCUCCACCCUCCAAGAUGGACCUGACUGAGGGAUCCUGUUUUCUGUACCUACAAGCUCUGUUUUAGACCAUGCUCCUGUCAUCUAAUAAAUCUUCUGCUUUACUUCCUGGCUGAGAGUCACAGUGAAUUGAAGGAAGUGGGGGGUGCAUGACCCUGACUCCCCAACACUCCAUGCCAACUGGUGGAAGCAGUGGGAUCUACUGCACCCCGUGGAUGGAGUUUCCUGUAGUAAGUGACUGGGGAGCAGUAAAACAAAGGGGGAUUAAUGAGAACCAGGUGUGCUGAAGGCUGGGAGAGGAGUGGUUUCAGGUGGCGAAGGAGCUACGCUUAACCCCUGGGAGUGUGUGACCAGCAAGAACGACUGUUGCAGUAAUGGGGUCCCUCUGGGGACUGCGAUGAGCAGUUCCAGGGGUAGAGGAGUGUGCGGCUUCACCCUGGGAGAGAGGUGGUGACUUUGAGAAGGGCUGGCACACUAGAGGUUCUUCCUGGAAACCGUAGGGAGCUGUCAGCACA